AUGCACUACCUGCCAGGCCUGCGCAAGGUCAUCACCAAAAAGAAGAAACAAAAACCCCAGCGGCUGAGGCUGUCCCAGCCGCUGGACUUCUACACGGAGAGGAGCAAAAGCUCCACCACAUCGGGGGCGGUGCCCACAGAAACGUCUUCGCGACCGAUCGGCCAGCGACUGAGGCCCCAGCUGAUACGCGAGCGCGUGGCCGCCGCGGUUGCCGUGCCCGAGGAGCUUCGCCACUGGGCCGAAGACUUCCCGUGGCGCCGUGCGAUGCAUGCGGCCAUCGCCGCAGCGGUAAUCGUCGGCGUAUGCGUGGCGGCGCUCAUCAUGGCCCAGACGCCGGAGGUCGAACAGCCGACCUGCGACGAGGACUGCAUGUUAUACACCAAGCUAUUCAACGAAACCAUGGACUGGUCGGUGGAUCCCUGCCAAGACUUCUACCGCUUCGUGUGCGGUCGCGUUAAGAACAAGUUGUCGGUGCGCCACCAAAUUAGCUACCACUUCGUCCAAGCGGUUGCCGACCUCGCCAGGCAAGUGGACGUCCCAGCCGAGGGCCAGACAGCGGCGCAGAAGGCGGCGCGGCUCUUCAAAACAUGCAACGACAUUGCGACGCAGGACACGGACUACGUGCCCCGCAUCCGCGGAUACAUGCGCGACGCCAACCUGCACUGGCCGCAGCAUCCCGAGACACGUGACAUCGAGUCGGUGGACGUGUUUCGCAGUAUACUUGAACUCAACGAAAAGUGGGGGUGGCCCAGCCUGCUCGAGUUGAGAACCAACAACAUCAGCGAGACCUGGUUCGAGGUUGUCACGCGUCCUACCGGAGGCAUUGACGCGUUCCAGUACCACGUGUUAAAUCUUGGCUUGGGAUCUCCAGCGCACCGGACGUACUUCGAGACGCUGUGCGCCCACUACGGUGUUGGCGUCGUGGAUGGCGUCACAUUUGAAGAGAUGCUACAUUACGAGGAUCAGAUCAUGGCGCCACUGCUAAGAGCGUACUACGCGCCACCCAGGAGGUACGUGUUCGAAAGGAACCACUCGGAUACCUCGGGAACCUGGGAACGAUGGACCAGCGUCAUCGAGGAGUUUUACCAUUUGUCCGGAAACGAGCGUGUCGAGAUCUCCACCACCCACGAGGAUUACUUCAAGGUGAUGGUCGAGCUAAUCACCACGAAAGAGACCAUCGUCGAGCUCGUCCUAGGCUGGAUAGCCGUGCAGUACACCUCGCCGUUCGCCAACCGACAGCUCAUAGCCAACUACCACAACACUCUGCAGCAUGCCGAGGAGUACCACCGCACGAGCUGCUUCGUCUUCACCAGCUAUCUCAUGGGAAUCGCGCUGUUCCUGCCGUUCCUGCAGCGGGUCUACACCGAACCGGUGCGCACCGACGUGCACCACAUCGCGAGGGAGGUGCGCCGUACCGUGUACCAGACGCUCGAGCUCGGCACUUACCCGUGGGCCGAACUCGACGUGGUCUUCAAGUACAUGGAAAUAGCCCGAGUGGACGACAUCGAGGCGAGGUUCGGAGCAGCGUUUAUGCAUGCGUUAUAUUACAGUGACAGUGAAAUCAAGGCGUUUUAG